CCCCCACCAACAGCUGAAGCUCGGGAUGGUUUCCCCUGAAGAGCGCCUUCGACAAUGAUACCCCGAAUCCUCCCUCGCGCGACGCUCGCAUGUCCGCGGUGCAGCGUCGCAAAGGCGCACAGCCUCCCGCCGUGGCUCCCGCAGAGGCCGAUUGCGGCUGUCCAGCGUCCGCUCCGGACGUCAGCCGUGGCUCGUCGUGAGCAGACGCCGUCGCCCGUCCCCGAGUCGCUGAAACCUCCCUCGACGAGCUCAAAGCCUGCGCCUACCGAGGUCCCUUCUGCUUCUGCUUCUGCUGCGAAAGAUGCUCCCAAGGCGCCUGCAAAGAAGCCCAGCAGCGAUAUCCUCGCCGCUGUGGACAAGACGACGGCGGAGCAGCGCAAGGCCGACUGGGCCAUCAUGAAGGAGAUGUCGCGUUAUCUGUGGCCCAAGGGCGAGGUUGGCACCAAGGUGCGCGUAGGGCUGGCCGUCGCUCUGCUGGUCGGCGCAAAGGUCCUCAACGUGCAGGUGCCCUUUUACUUCAAGAGCAUCGUGGACUCGAUGAACAUUGACAUUGCUGCGGUUGGUGGUACGGCGACGACGGUGGCGGGCGCCAUGAUUGUCGCAUACGGAGCCACCAGGAUAGGCGCCACCUUGUUCCAGGAGCUGCGCAAUGCCGUCUUUGCCUCGGUUGCGCAAAAGGCCAUUCGUGGAGUCGCACGGAAUGUCUUUGACCAUCUGCUGCGACUCGACUUGAGCUUCCACCUUUCCAAGCAGACCGGUGGCCUCACGCGGGCCAUGGAUCGCGGAACUAAAGGCAUCAGCUUCCUCCUCACUAGCAUGGUCUUUCACAUUCUCCCGACGGCAUUGGAAAUUAGCAUGGUGUGCGGCAUCCUCACGUGGCAGUACGGCUUCAAAUUCGCAGCCGUGACAGCAUUGACCAUGGUGGGAUACACGGCUUUUACCAUCUGGACGACGGCUUGGAGGACAAAGUUCCGCAGACAGGCCAACGCUGCUGAUAACCGGGCUUCGACAGUGGCUGUGGACUCGCUCAUCAACUAUGAGGCCGUCAAGUACUUUAACAAUGAAAAGUUUGAGGUCUCGCGCUAUGAUAAGGCCCUGAGGGAAUACGAAAAGAGCUCCAUCAAGGUAGCAACCUCCCUGGCUUUCCUCAACAGCGGACAAAACAUCAUCUUUUCCACUGCCUUGACCGCCAUGAUGUACUUUGCAGCCGAGGGAGUCGCCGCGGGGACCCUGACUGUUGGAGAUCUCGUCAUGGUGAACCAGCUCGUGUUCCAACUCUCCGUUCCCCUGAAUUUCCUCGGGUCUGUGUAUCGCGAAUUGCGACAGUCUCUCUUGGACAUGGAAACGCUGUUCAACUUGCAGAAGGUGAACGUCAACAUUGUGGAAAAGCCAGACGCGAAGCCCCUGGCUCUGGUCAAGGGCGGAGAGAUCAAGUUCGAGAACGUCAGCUUUGGAUACCAUCCUGAACGGCCCAUUCUGAAGGACCUUACAGUCACCAUUCCAGCUGGAAAGAAGGUUGCUGUUGUCGGCCCCAGCGGCUGUGGCAAAUCGACUCUCCUCAGGCUCCUGUUCCGAUACUAUGAUGUCCAGGGUGGCCGUAUCCUUAUUGAUGACCAGGAUAUUCGAGAUGUCACUGUUGACUCGCUGCGUCGGGCCAUCGGUGUCGUUCCCCAGGACACUCCUCUCUUCAAUGAUACCGUCGAGCACAACAUUCGCUAUGGCAUGAUUGAUGCUUCGCACGAGCAAGUUGUCGCAGCCGCAAAGCGAGCCCGCAUUCACGACAUCAUCGAAAAGUUCCCAGAAGGCUAUCAGACCAAGGUCGGUGAGCGAGGCAUGAUGAUUUCUGGUGGUGAGAAGCAGAGGCUGGCAAUGAGCAGACUGCUCCUCAAGGAUCCUCCCCUGCUCUUCUUCGACGAGGCAACCAGCGCGCUGGAUACGCACACUGAACAGGCUUUGAUGAUGAACAUCAACGGCAUCCUCCGCGAAAAGGGACGCACAAGCGUUUUUGUGGCCCAUAGGCUGCGGACCAUCUUUGACUCGGACUUGAUUAUCGUGCUCAAGGAGGGGCGAGUUGCGGAGAUGGGCACGCAUAGGGAGCUAAUUGACCGUGCCGGCGUCUAUGCCGAGCUCUGGAGUGCUCAAGAAACCAUGUUCAGCGAAAAUGGUACUGAGACAAAGGGGGCCAAGGAAGAGGAUGUUGCGGAUGAGGAGGCUGCUGAGAAAGCUGCUCAGAAGAAGAAUUAG